AUGGAGACCAUAGAAAUCGAAUCUGAACCUAGUACAGAAACCAUGCCUAAAACUAUGCCUGAAACCAUGCCUGAAAUUAUGUCCGAAACUAUGCCUGAAACUAUAGACUACUUGUUACCAACCUCUAAUGAGGGCAAUCGAUGUGAAGUAUGUAACCAAAUCUUUGACAAGUCGAUGGCACUUACAACAAUAAAUAGGCAUUUUGAAAGAUUCUAUCCUAUAUAUUAUUCUACAAUAAAGCAAUGCAAAUUUAAGCAACUUAAUCUGUAUAGCCCAAAUGAUAGAUUAAGAGUUGAUGCUUUAAACAAGCAUUUAUUAGAAUGGAUAGUAAUCAAUCAACAAUCUUUUUUGUUAGUUGAAAAUGCAAGUUUCAUAAAUUUUAUUCGAGAACUUGAUUCACAUUACAGGCUCCUAUGUCAUCAAACACUUUCAACUUGGAUCAACAAAGAAUAUGAACUAUAUAAAGAUACAAUUAAAAUCGAAUUAUGCCGAAUCUUACUUGAUAUUAUAUCAUUCAAUAAAAAUCAUACUGUGAUAAACCAAGCUAACCUAAUUAUUAGGAUUUUAAAGAAAAUAGAUAUUGGCAAGAAACUUUUGGGCAUUACUACAGAUAAUGCAGCCAAUAUGUGCUCUAUGGGAAGGAUUUUGCAAAAGAAAAUGCUUUCUGAGUUUAAUAAUAAUGUAAAACUUCGAAAUUCAUCUUCAUUACUUCGAGAACUAAAAAAAAUUUGUGAAAUGAAAAAUGUUUCCUUUUUAAUGCCUGAAGCUGAUAUGAAAACUCAUAUUCUUGUUGCAAGUAACAAAACAUUGGACCAAAGUUAUCCUAUAGUGCAAGAGUGGAAAAAUGUUUGGGACCUAAUAAUUAUUCUUGAGCCUAUAUAUCAUGCAACCAUGAUGCUAUCCUCUUUAAAAUUUUCUACUCAAGGCGAUCUAUGUAUGAUAUUCCAAGGUCUUAUUAGGCAUCUAACCAAUUAUACAAAUUCAGAACUUACUACUCAAUCUGCAAUGUCCAAUGCAAUAAAAACUAAGCUUGAAUCGUAUUGGUGUUAUCUAAACAGGUCGUCAAUAAUUUCAGACCUUCUUGAUCCUUAUAACAAGCUUGCAACAUAUGAAUCUGAGAAUCGUAAAACUGCAAUUAAUAUGCUUCAUCAAGUGUUUGAAAAGUAUGAACCAGAUGGAAAAAAUAAGCCUUUACUAUCUGAAAUAACUACUACUAAAACAGCUUGA